CGGCACGGCUUCCGGGAGAGGCGGGAGCAGUGGAUCCGGGUGCGGCGUUCGGUUGUGCUCCCUCCGCGCCUUCGGCCGCCGGCAUGGCCCGCAAGAAACUGCACCGGCCCAUCGCCGCCAUGGCCAAGAAGAUCCGCGAGUACCGGGAGCUGAAGGAUCGGCCACGGGACUCUCAGCGCUUCGCUGUGGACUACGAGACCAUGCGGCGGCCGCUAACGCAGAAACGGCUGCCCGUGCGAGCCUGGGAGGACGUGCGGAACGAGAACCGACUGUUUGCGCUGCUCUGCCGCCUGCCGCGCUUCGGCGUGGGCCGCACCGUCACCCGCAAGUCCUGGCUGUGGGCGCACCACGAGCCCUGCUACUGGGUCAUCACCAAGGUGAAGGCGGACUACAUGGCCGAGAACAUGGACCAUGGAAGAGCCUGGGGCUACCUGACCUUCAAAGGCAAAACUGAAGAGGAAGUGAGGGAGAUCGACAAAGCCAUGUACCAUGACUGGCGUAUGGUGCCCAAACACGAGGAGGAAGCCUUCAAGAAAUUCACCCCAGUGCCUGAGGCGACUGUUCGGUUCCUGCCAUACCCACCACUGCUCCGAGCCAUGAUCCUUGCACAGUGGCAGAAGGAGGGAAGACCAAUCAUGGAAGAGCCAAAUAUUGAUCUGGAGAAGGUCCUGGCCUCUCCUCAAGAGUGGGCAAAGAAAAAAGCUACUGGGACACUGUGCCUGGACAUCAUGACAGCCAAAUGGAGAGCCAUUAGCUUAGGCACAGCAUCUGGUUCUCUGAACACUGCAGAAGGCAGUGAGCAAGAAGCGAGGAACAUGACUUCAAUACUAAGAUAAUCCAAAGCUAUCUGUCUCUUACUCCCAAAUAUGGCUGUCAAGAGAUAGGGGAAAUUAUUUUAGUUCUUUUGAUGCAAAGGAGGUGGUAUUGGCUCUUACCAUUUGAAGCCAAUUGUAAAUUACCCCUGUUCCAGGGCAGCAUGUUAUGAACAUUAAAAGAUGCAGCUCCUGA